GCAGAAUAGCCUGGCUGUGCUGAGGCAGCAGAUUGCACAGGGAGCUGCACCCCAUCAGAGCAGCAACGCUGUUUGAAUACAUCUGGGAACAAAUUUUGCAGAAGUAUUUGGCAAGAUUUCCAGCUUAUCUUUGAAAACCCUGGUUUUUAAGUUGCUGACUAAACACAAGACUGACACUUAGAAACCUUGUUAGACUGUCACAACCUGCAAUCCUUUUAAGUCCAGAUCGUGAAACACUGCGUGAUUACACACACACGUACAAAUACACUAAUUUUACAAGGUCUGUUUCUGUAGUUUAGCAGAAGGGGGUAAAGGAUUUCUAUUCUGGUCCCUAGGGCUGUGACUUCCAAAGAAAACUCUUCGUUAUUAUGCUUUCAGUUCUAAAGCAGUCAACUCCCAGGUAUACACUGUUUUUUUCAGCCAGCAAGUUUCUGUAAAUUAACCAUGCCAUCAAAUUCUUCUCUAAAUUUUUGCAUUUUGUGGCAGUCUUGCAUCUGCAUUGACUUUAAUCUGCGUUACCCUUGCUUUUCAAAGCAAGCAAGGCACAAACCUGUGCUGAAAGGAAGACCAUAAAAACCAUAUCAGGAUCCAGCAUGCAGCAGGUUUUUGUCAACUUGUCCUCUUUUCCUCAGGCCAUCAUCUCCUCCUCCUUAACAAGCCUUUGGACAUGAAUUCAAUGUCAUCAGAACUUUGUGUUUGGGAGGCUGACAGACACAAGGAGUUGGCUUGUUAUAUGAACUGUUCAAAAGAGCAGACUAAUCGGUGGCUAAGCAGACUUUGGAGCAUGUAAAGUGCUAGAGGGUCCCUGCAGUUACACAGCUCCAGUGAACAGCCAUUCAUCUUUAAACAGAGUACAUCUUUCCUCUUGGGAAAACUCCCAGUUCUCUUACACAAUAUCCCCAGGGAGGAAAAAAGACCACCUUGACAUGGGAAGACAACUCACUAGUUAAAAGAAGAUUAAGUAAAGCCAUUAGGGAAUUUCAGCGAAAGGGAAACACUAAGGCCUCCUUGAACAUUUACAGUGGAAACCAGAAUUUAAGAAAGUCAUUUUUACUCAGUCUGAGAACUGUACUGAAAAUACAGAAUUAAGAAAAGCAAGUAGCUGAAAAUUGGGAGAGCAAUGUCUGCUGAACUGUGAUUGUGGAAACACAAGAUGACAUAUUCGACACUAAAUGAUAUAUUGCAAUUAGACUGAGGGUACCCUGUUUCUACUGCCAGAUCUCUGUGUGGAAACAUAGUGAAAUUCUGGUAACUUAAUAUCCCAACCAAAUCCCCACACUGCAAUAAAGUCAAAAAUCAACGCUUUUACAAUUCUUAUUAUUUCUUAAUCUCCAGGAGUUCCCCAGGAGUUCUGGAAAUUUCAGUGCACAGCUGUUUUAGAACUGUACUAUCAGCAGGAACCCCAAGAUAAUGAGAUUACUUUAAGCAUAAUCAGAAUUAUAGAUAGAUGGAUAAUGAGAUUACUUCCAGGGCGAUCAGAAUUUUUUAUGUGUGCACAUGUAAGUGUGCGUGUACUCAAAAGGUGACAGUGUUGGGGCUUCCCGGCUCAGGAAGGCAAACUGGCACGUCACCUGCUCUUCGCUCCUGUGUCAAGUGUAAAUAGUCCCGAGGCUGGUGCGUGGGUGCUGGGGCAGGAGAUAAGCCCUGGGGAGAAAGAGGCAGGGCGAGUGGUUCCCGCAGCCCACGCUGCCCUUUUACCUGCUGAGCCAGGUAGUUUCCAAGAGAGACCGCGGGUCUUGUUUGCUUACCUUCAACCAGCCCCUGACUCCCAGUGGAGGGUUAUCUCUGCGGCCACGGAGAAGGUCUCAGAUCAUCUCAGAAAAAUGUUUUGCAAGGCCAGCGUGAAGCAGACAAAAUCUGGAGCAAAGAAGGAUUUUAUGCGGUUGUCAUAUUUCUCAGCAUCUUUGUCAUUCUAGUAACUUGUUUAAUGGUUCUGUACAGAUUAAAGGAGAAGAUCCAGUUGUCACUGAGACAAGAGAAGGAAAAGAAGCAGGAGAUCAACCUCUCCCCCCUUCCCCUGCCAACAGCUCAGUCCGAAUAUAAGACCACCAACAGCAUGGUCCAGCCUGAACAGGCUCCAAAGGUUGUUAAUGUUGUAGUGGACCCUCAAGGCCAAUGUGUUCCUGAGAUCAAACCUCCCCUGUGUGCCAGUCCGUCUCCUUUCAGAAUGAAACCUGUGGGGCUCCAGGAAAGACGAGGCUCCAAUGUUUCACUGACUUUGGAUAUGAGCAGUUUGGGAAGUGUUGAACCUUUCGUUGCUGUGCCAACCCCACGAGAAAAAGUAGCCAUGGAAUACCUACAGUCAGCCGGCCGCGUCCUGACACGGCAGCAGCUUCGAGACGCAGUUGCGUGUUCUCAUUUGCUUCAAACAGAAUUCAUGGAAAUACCAAUGAAUUUUGUGGAUCCCAAAGAAAUUGACAUCCCGAGUCACGGAACUAAAAACCGCUAUAAAACAAUUUUGCCAAAUCCUCUAAGCAGAGUGUACUUGAAACCAAAAAAUCCAACUGACUCCUUGAGUACCUACAUAAAUGCUAACUACAUUAGGGGAUAUGGAGGUAAAGAGAAGGCUUUCAUUGCAACUCAGGGACCCAUGAUUAAUACUGUGAAUGAUUUCUGGCAGAUGGUUUGGCAAGAAGACAGCCCUGUCAUUGUUAUGAUCACAAAGCUGAAAGAAAAAAAUGAGAAAUGCGUGCUCUAUUGGCCAGAAAAAAGAGGAAUAUAUGGGAAGGUUGAAGUCCUUGUUAACGGUGUGCAAGAAUGCGAGAACUAUACUGUCCGUCAACUUACGAUAAAGCAAGGGAGUCAGUCUCGGAGUGUGAAACACUACUGGUACACAUCCUGGCCGGACCACAAGACCCCUGACAGCGCUCAGCCUCUGCUGCAGCUCAUGCUGGACGUAGAAAAGGACAGGGUGGAAUCACCAGGCAGAGGGCCUGUCAUUGUGCACUGCAGUGCUGGUAUAGGAAGAACUGGAUGUUUUAUUGCCACAGCUAUUGGUUGUCAACAGUUGAAGGAAGAGGGAGUUGUAGAUGCAUUGAGCAUUGUCUGCCAGCUACGAGUGGAUCGGGGUGGAAUGGUUCAGACCAGCGAACAGUAUGAAUUUGUGCACCAUGCACUGAGUCUGUAUGAAAGCAGACUUUCUGCAGAAGCUGUCGAGUGAAUCCAAGGAGGGUAAAACCGAAUGUCAGUCUCUUGAGGUAAUUCGUUUCAUUACCUACCAGCAGCUUCUUCAAGGAGUUUACUGCAGUGGGAAGAGCGGCUUUGAGGCCAACUUCUGAAAGGAUUGUGGACGGUUUGGCAAAUGUGUAGAGAUUGCUGGACCCUUACUGUAUAUGAAUGUAUUGUGAGCUUCCCAAAAAUGAUUUAUAAAGAAGGUACCGUACUGAAACUACACACGGAUUUCACGUAUAUAUCUAAAGGUGGGUUUAAUUCUGUGAUACUGAUAUCUGCCAUAUGGAAUGUAUGUAUGUGCUACUGCUGCAGUUGGAUGGACAUUGGAACUUCCACAGAAGAAAUGUUUAUCAAGUGUAUAAAUGCUUUAACGUUUGCAAACUGUCUUGUGAAUGGACUGUCAACUGUACUGUAAAGUGCUAUUACUUAUUAUGUGGUGAGCUUGUUUCUUGGCCACAUAAUAUUCUUGCUGCUAAAAUUGCAAGUGUUCAAUUAUGGAUUUAAAAAAGAAGAUGAGAUAAUAAAAAAAUCAAAAGUCUUGUUUUUGAAAAUAUUCAAAAGCAGUUAAUAUUUUAUAUGGAAAUAUAUGUUCUUCCUACUAUUAACUAUUAAACAUGUAUUUACUGUAGGUCUUACAGAGCAGUUGCAGAGCACAACGUCUGUUAUUCAGUGUGUAUGUAUUUACCCUAUACUGUUGAUUGUCUUAGAACAUGCUUCUGCUACAGACACAGAUCCAGUGUAUUUGUAAAUUGUGUAAGUCAUUUCACUUUUAAAAGAAACUUUGUAGCAUAUAUUAAAUGGUAAGGAUUUUAAAUAUUUGUCUGUCUUUUAUUAAUACGGGAUUUUUUGCUCAUGUUGUUUAUCUGCUCUUUCUAUUUCAGUAAGAGAUAGAUGCCUUUAGUGAUAUGAACUGUUCCACAACAGGUUAUACAAGAAAGAAAAUGCUGCUAUGACUGUUUCCUUUAACAUUCAGUAAGAGUUUGUUUUUAAGAGAAAUGCAAAGUUGGCAUUAUGACUUACAGCACUGGGAGGUCUGUUUACAGGGUAUAAUGAGUUUUUAAUGCAGUGAUGUUAACUUUGCUUCAUACUGCUAAUAAAUUACAGUUGAUAUAAAA